GAUCCUAACCGGGCACCUCACCCCGACACAACCUCAGUUUUCGCAAGGACACUUCCUGUGGAUUCUGCCAUCAUAUUUUCCGAAUUUUCGGCCGUCGAACCCCUCUUACCUACGAUUGCACUUUCCGGGCCCUCACAAGCUACCCUCCAUCGUUGCGGGAGGCUCCAGCGAUUGGUGCUCGACCCUACGACACGGUAUUAACCUACGAUAAGCUUUAACGGAGCUGAAGCGAUGGUCGAUCGGCGAACCGACCGAUGAGCUCCAUGACCGAAAGGGGUGGUGAUGAUGCAGCCCGCGACGAUGUGAUAGACCUACAUGAUGAGGAAGAGCAGCAGACGCUGGCUGUCAAUGGCCGGGAGCAUGCACAGGCGUCUCCAAUUGAAGACCAAGACGCGUUCGACGAAUUUGUCACACCCGACGACCCGAUAUCGAUAGCGGUUACGAAGGAUGAAGACGAUGGCGCUGCGUCACAGCAAAAUGGAGACGUCGCUGGUUCACCUGGGAUUUCCAUCCGGGGCGCCGGGAGCAUCGACGACGCGGGCUCCGUCCCAGACGACACCCCAUCAAUCCAAGGUUCCAUCCAAUCCUCUCCGAGUAGCGCGCUGGGUUAUCGUCCGCCCUCCAGCUUGGGACAUAGCCCUCACCGUCCGUUUGACCUCCGGUUUCAAACACGUCUUUCCGUUUCGUUUCCUGGUUCCACUCGGUCGAUAUCACCUUCACUUCUUCAACAACACUCGCGCCAGUCUUCCUUUGCCAGCCACAUCCGGUCGGAUACGCCUGACCUGUUGGAAGAAGCGUCCCAGACUCCGUGGGAGGUUGUGCGAUGGACCAAGCUCAGAAAGCUGUCAGGUCAAGUCCUCUCCGAGGCAGGAAAACGGAAUUUUGGACGUCCAACCUGCAUGGCGGUUUCUACGCACAUAGUUUUGGGGACGACGAAAGGAAUCAUACUGGUGUUCGACUAUCAGCAGAAUCUAAAGACGAUAAUCGGACCUGGAACAAAAGGCAUGCCCACCGUCGCUGGAGGACAUGCCGAUGGCACCAUUUUCACCUGGGAAAUCUCGAGACCCGCGCGCCCAUUUCUACAUAUCCCUCCUAUCAGCGCAGCGGAGAAGGAUUUCAAACGAACCGAUGGCCACAUAUCCGGUGUCGCUGUCGUUCAUAUGGGCUUCUUAGGAACCCGUCGCACCGCCUUGGUCUCGGCUGAUGAUCACGGAAUGGCGUUCUCGCAUCUGGCAACCCGGGGGAUGGGAGCAGUCGCCCGUACAGUCAGGACCACAAGAAUACUGGGCCGGUACCCUGAGAGUGCUGUGCCCACUGGCCGUGUAAGGAAGCCUAGCACCGUGCUUGCAUUUUCCCCUCUUCCCUUAGGGAACGUCGAGCAGGCCACGGACUCUUUAGGCCUUGUCGCAAUGCUCACCCCUUAUCUUCUCGUGAUUGUUUCUACAACGCCAGUUGCCCAAACCCAACAUAAGUCGGCGCGCCCCAGGGAAGUCCCUGCUCACAGUGCCAUGACGGCUGCGCUGGCUUGGUUCCCUGCAAUAAAGUUGAAAGCAAAGGAUUCAGGAGUUUCUAAUACCAAGCUGGUAUACUGCUGGUCCAAUGUUCUGACGAUCCUAGAAGUUUUCGAGGUGAAAUCCACAGAUCCCGCGGAUAGAGAUAAGCCUCCCAGCUUUGCGUUUAAGCCGUUCGCUCGGUGGAGGGCUGCUGAACCCAUCGUUGCAGUACAAUGGGUAAGCCGCUCGGUUUUGGCAGUCCUGACAAUAACGCAACAACUCCUCAUCUUGGAAGACAAGUCACUGCGUGUGACGGAUUCUUUUGACUUAUUACACAAGCAUAUUUAUCAUGCGGACCUUUUCUCUAGACAGCUUCAGAGCCUCGUAGAGCAAUUGGACGAGGAGGAUCAAUCGAUGCAUGGAGUAACAGCAGACGCUUUUUAUAUGGGCUUCAGGGCUUAUAAAGGACGACUCUUCCUUUUAGGAUUUAAUGAUGUGUCUGUUGGCACGUUGUCCAACUGGGCCGACAGACUCCUGGCCCUGAUGGAAGCCGGCGAUUUUAUCGGCUCUAUUCGUCUUGCCACGUCCUUUUAUAUCGGAAGCUCCGAGAAGCUCACCGUUGGCUUACCGGAGGAAGAUGAUCUUAGACAUGAGGUGGUGCAGGAAAAACUUUUGGAAAUGAUGAGCGCUUCACUGCGAUAUGCAUUUGGCAAAAAUGAAGAAGCGAUCACAGAGCGCCUCCAGCCCCUUGAACUUCGGAGCCUUGCUGAGGUGUGCAUCUCAGCAUGUGAUGCUAUGGAAGAUCAAGAGUUUUUAUUCGACGACGUAUAUUCCUGGUACGAGGAAAAUGGGUCAGAAAAUGUUUUCCUCGACGUCCUUGAACCGUACAUAAUACAAGGCUCAGUUCGAACAUUACCGCCGGGAGCUGUCAAGUCUUUGAUUACGCAUUUCUCUACGAACCAUUCGGCUAGCCGCUUAGAAGAGAUUAUUUGUCUUCUCGAUACGAGCACCAUUGAUAUUGACCAAGUUACUACCUUGUGCAAGCACUAUAACCUUUAUGAUGCCUUCAUUUAUGUGUGGAACCGUGCCAUUGGUGAUUACAUCUCGCCUCUAAAAGAAUUGCUGGAUUUGGCUGCGCAUGUUACCUCCACCGCCGUCAAUGGCAACGCCGAUAUCCAAACGAAAACCCAUGCAAACGCCUUGAAAAUGUUCCCUUACUUAUCCUAUAUCCUGACGGGUCGAAUAUAUCCCACCGGCGACGAACUAGAAGAACAUAUAGCGUCGAAAGCAAAAGCGGAUAUUUAUGACUUUUUAUGCUCUGGAAGGGAUUCUGAGUUGCAGGAAGGUCAUUCCUAUACUCAUUUCAAACAACUUCGAACGAUGUUGAUGUUUGAUACCCCGGCAUUCAUGAGUAUGUUGAAUGAAGCUUUUGAGGACGGCUUUUUAAACGACAAUACAGGAGAUGAGGAGCAAAUAUCUGCAAGGCGUAUGCGCAGUGGCUUCUCAAUUAAUCGCCAAUAUUUAAUCAGCAUCCUUCUUGAACUUAUGGGCCCUUCUUCAAAUUUUACGGCAGCCGACACUAUUUAUCUGGACAUGUUUAUCGCUCGCAAUCUCCCGAAAUACCCCCAAUACAUUCUACUUUCUGGUUCAAUCCUGCAUCAGGUCCUUGUCAGGCUAUGUGAAUACCCCAAUGCAGAGAUGUUGGACGAUUGUCAACUCAGCGCGGAGUAUCUACUUUCGACAUACCACCCUCCUGACAUACUGAGUUUGAUACCUCUUUUCAAGGAAGCAAAGUUUUUCCGAAUAUUAAAAUCCACCUAUCGCAUGGAAAGGCAGUACCCGGAAUUGUUGCGGAUGUACUUGGAGGAUAGAGAGGAUCAAGAACUCGUCUUCACUUGCAUCUAUGAUUGUCUUCGAUUGGGAUCUUCGUUGACGGGGAAACAGCGUCGUGAUGUGCAUUCUGUCAUUAGAGAGCACGCUGCUGAAUUGGCACAUAUAAAUGUCGUUGAAGCAGCUCGCACAAUUCAAGCUGUGGCUACCGACUUGCAUGACGUUUUCGUUGAAUCUCUUGAGCCAGUACCCAGUCUGCAGUAUCAGUAUUUGAGCGCCUUAUUAUCAGAGAACAAAAACAGCGUCGAGGUCAGCCCAGAAAAACUCAAUCAUGUAUUGGUUGAGCGAUACAUUCAGUUGAUGUGUCAGUAUGAACCGUCGCGCGUUGCAGAGUUCGCAGACACUUUGAAAGUCGGAGAUUUACAGCUGGACGCCAUUCUACCUUCAAUUGAAAGCAGCGGAAUUAUCGAUGCUGUGGUGAUUCUUGUUGCUAAACAAGGGGAAGUUGGUAGUGCUAUGGAAAGAUUAAUCAAACACUUCGGGACUCUCGAAGCCGGAUUAUUAGGAGUCCUUCAAAGUGCUGAGGAAAACUCCGACUCCACAUUCUUGACUAAAGCUAUCAUUGAUCUCAUUCAGGCACUUGAAAAGUAUACUCGAGUCGGAAUCUGGCUAUGUCAGCAGCAGACGAAAUCUGCACAAAGACCCUAUAGGGACAUAAAGCUCAGCAAGAGAGGAUCCGUAUUUGAACAGCCAUUGUCCUUUGAUGAAAACUUGUGGCUCAUGCUGAUUGAAGCUGUCGUCAAGAUCGCUCAAAAUAUCUCCCCGUUGCUAACAAAAGACUCUUCGGUAAAUGAAAGUAUCAAAACCGCUUCUCAAUUGGAACCAUAUGUGGCUAAACCUGGACAACUCUCCGUUUCCCUUAGGACCUUAGUACAGCAUAUAUUUACGGCAUUAUUAACCACGACGACUAAAUCCGGGCGCAUGCCUGCCGACAAGCCGGAUCUGUCGUUUCUACGUAUACUCCGUGCAUUCCUGACACGCGCUGCCUCUGCCUCCCCUUCUUUAUCUGAACUGCGGGCGGUAAUCGCGUCCAUAUUAUCUGCUUAUGGUUACGAGGAGUCGUUGCUCUCUCUCACGAAUUCGAUGUUAGAUAAGGAUCUUUUCGUUCACGUGGAUGAAAUCACAAAACUGAGGCAACGAGGAUGGAGGGCGAGGGGCCAGGUAUGCGAGAUUUGUCGGCGGCGAGUGUGGGGACCCGGCUCGGGAGGUCACAUAUGGGAAGCUUGGGAGGUUAGGCAAGAAGUAGAUGCGAAGCGGAAGCAGGAUAGGACGAUUAAGGAGAGUCGUGAUCGCGACUUAACCUCGAGAGGGAAGGGGAAGGCUCUGGCUACGUCGCAAGCUACCAUCGGUCCUGCAACGGGACAUGGUGGCGACAGCAGAGUUGAAGAGCCCCAGGGCGGCGGUGGGCUUGGCCGGGGUCCCGUGGUUGUGUUUGGUUGUAGACAUCUCUAUCAUCGCUCUUGUCUGACGGAUGAGACUGAACGACGGAGACAGCAUGGUCCGUCUUCGUUGUCUAUGCAGGGGAGUCGACACCUUCAUGCUGAGAUUGGAAGUCCUGAAUUCUCUUGUCUAUUAUGUACAGGGUGUCAAUAGUGGGCGGAUGGGAUUGUUUACUAAUAUCUAACGACCACGUAGCUGAUAUGUACUAGGUAGAGAGUAAUCUAAAUACUGCUCAUUAUUAGGUGGUCCACUGGACCAGUGCUUUCAUGAA